AAUUUCGACAGCCCUGUAGAUUUUAAAGCUUGUAUGAUUCUCUUGAUUUUUUCAGAGCAGAUCAUCCUUUGAACGUGUUUCAAACCACAAACAUAGUUACUCCACCAUGAAACAACCCGAGAUUGAAAGCUCUGGAAUUCCAGAAAUUGACAAUGGUGAAUACUGGCCACUUUCUGGGAAACCCUAUGUUGAUUUGAUUCUCACAAAGACCGGUGUCAAGCCCAUCUACAGUAUGUAUUUACCCAAGAAAAUGACUAGUGAGCUUCCUUCUGCUGGAGCUCGUGCAGUCAGUGCAGUCCUUACUUGUGGUCAGAAGAAGUGGGAUAUGUUUUACGGUGGAGUCAAAUCUGGUCACAAAUUUAGCAUUGAGUGGAGAAAAUUUGUGGAUGAUAAUAAUCUGAAGGAGGGGGAUGGACUUGUGUUUGAACUGUUAGAGUGCAGCGCUAGCAAAAUCCAUUUCAGAGUUCAGAUUCUCAGAGGUGAUUUCCCAGCUGAAUUGAAACCUGAAGAUGAGGAGGGUGCAAACAGUGACAACCCAAUACUACUUGGUUAAAAGUACUCGAUCUUCUUACUGUUGGAAGUUGUAGAUUAAUGACAAGAUUUGGAACCGUAUUUAGUCAGUUUUAUUUUCUGCAAGAUACAUCUGCAGUUCUAUUAACCUACCUCAGGUGGAUGCAGUCUCGCUUUGCUUUAAAAGAGUUAACUUUCUAGUAUUUGUUGUGUAUGUAUUGUCUAAAUUGUGACUCUAUGGUUAUCUUCUGGUUGUAUCCUAAAUAUGGAAUUUAGCAAUUAUGUUGACAAUCA